GAUGGACAUGUUUUUGUUGCUGUAGGAGCAUAAGUCCAGGUUAUCAUUUCAAACCAAACAUCAAACAUCAGCAACAACGUUCGCAUACCAUCUGCAGUUCAAUGAUGGCCCAGAAUCAACAUUUGAGUAAGACAACAGAGGCACAAUCUUCAGAGAAAAAGAAAACUAGAUGGUGUGAUGGAUUCAAGGUGGAAUAAAAACAACAGCAACAACAACAACAAAAACUUAGAGGGCAAAUGACUUCCUUUAAGCCCUUAAACUGGUAAAUGAUGGAGCCAAACUCUAAAUUCAAGCAGUCUUAAUCCCAAUCCCAUGAUCUGAAUUGUAUUCCAUAUUGCUAAAGUAACUGUGGGUUUCCAUGUUAGUAUCCUCAAGAUAUUCUGAUGUUCUUGGCAGCCCUGUCAUUAAGCUUUAUUUCUAAGGCACUAAGUGCAGUACUUAUGAAAAGUUCCCUCACUCAGAUAGAAAGGAGAUUUGAUAUAUCAUCUUCUACUGUUGGCUUAAUUGAUGGAAGCUUUGAAAUUGGAAAUUUGUUUGUGAUUGUAUUUGUGAGUUACUUUGGUGCCAAACUUCACAGACCGAAGCUAAUUGGAAUUGGUUGCUUCAUAAUGGGACUUGGAAGUAUUUUGACUGCUUUACCACACUUCUUCAUGGGAUAUUACAGGUAUUCUAAAGACACCUUUAUUAGUCCAUUAGAGAAUUCAACAUCAGGCUUAUCAACUUGUUCAAAUAAUCAAAAUUUGUUACUCAAUGGAACAUCACCAGAAAUGGUGGGAAAAGGUUUGGAAAAGGAAUCUGGGUCAUAUAUGUGGAUAUAUGUUUUAAUGGGUAAUAUGCUUCGUGGAAUUGGGGAAACUCCCAUUAUGCCCUUGGGGAUUUCUUACCUUGACGAUUUUGCUAAGGAAGGACAUUCUUCUUUUUAUUUAGGUAAUUUGUAUGCAGUAGGAAUGAUUGGUCCGAUCCUUGGCUUUUCACUGGGAUCUCUGUUUUCUAAAAUGUAUGUGGAUAUUGGAUUCGUAGAUCUUAGCACUAUCAGAAUAACUCCCAAGGACUCUCGUUGGGUUGGUGCUUGGUGGCUUGGUUUCCUUGUGGCUGGACUGAUAUCCAUUAUUUCUUCCAUACCAUUCUUUUUCUUGCCCAAAAGUCUGGAUAAACCACAAAAAGAAAGAAAAGCUUCAGUACCUUUGCCUGUGCAAAAGGAGGAAAGGAGUCAAAUGGUUAAUUUGACCAAGGAUAGACAAAAUAUUACCAAAACUGUAAAUGGUUUUAUCCAGUCCUUGAAAAGCAUCCUUACCAAUCCCCUGUAUGUUAUAACAUUAUUUUUGACACUGAUACAAGCCAGCAGCUAUAUUGGUUCCUUUACUUAUGUCUUUAAAUAUGUAGAACAACAGUAUGGUCAGUCAGCAUCUGAGACAAACAUUUUAUUUGGAUUCAUAACCAUACCAACUUUUGCAACUGGAAUAUUUUCAGGAGGAUAUAUUGUUAGAAAAUUCAAAUUGACCUUGGUUGGAAUUGCCAAAUUGUCAUUUUAUACCAGUGCAUUGGCCUUCCUAUUUCAUCUAUUAAAUUUUGCGCUAAUCUGUGAAAACAAAUCAGUUGCUGGCUUAACCUUGACCUAUGAUGGAAACAAUCCCCUGUCAUCUCAUAUAAAUGCACCACUUUCUUAUUGCAACUCAGACUGCAAUUGUGAUAAAAGUCAAUGGGAACCAGUCUGUGCAGACAAUGGAAUAACUUACCUAUCACCUUGUUUAGCAGGAUGCAAAUCUUCAAGUGGCAGUAAAAAGUCUAUGGUGUUUCAUAACUGUAGUUGUGUGGAAGUAAAUGAUUUCCAGACCAGAAAUAACUCGGUGAAGUUGGGCGAAUGCCCAAGAAAUGAUCAAUGUAGAAGAAAAUUUUAUAUUUAUAUAGUAGUGCAAAUAUUAAUUAUUUUUUCCUCUUCAUUGGGAACCAUCUCAAAUAUGAUGCUGAUUUUCAAAAAUGUUCAACCUGAAAUGAAAUCUCUUGCUGUGGGUUUCCAUUCACUAACUAUUCGAACGCUAGGAGGAAUUCCAGCUCCUAUAUAUUUUGGGGCUUUGAUUGACAGAGCUUGUAUGAAGUGGUCCAUCAAUAACUCUGGAAAACAAGGAUCUUGUAGGAUAUAUAAUUCCACAUUAUAUGGAAAUACCUUCUUUGGCUUGAGUACAUGCUUAAAACUCCCACCCCUUGUUUUAUAUGUUGUAUUAAUUUCUGCUAUGAAGAAAAAAUAUCAAGGAAAAGAUACCAAGGCAUCAGAAAAUGAAAUAAAAGCCGUGAAUGAAGCAAACUUAGAGCCAAUAAGAGGUGAUGACAGAGUGGACCGGGAAACACAUAUUUAAGGGGAGAAAAAAAUUUCUUCUGCUGUUGUGUAUUCAACUCACCUUAUAUUAAUUGAAUAGGAUGUUAUUUUUGAGCAGUUCCUGGUCCUUUCACUGGCAAUUUCCAUAUUCUUUACUAAUGAUGGAAUAAUGAAUCGCCUACAAAUUUAUGACAAUGAAACACACUAUAAAUGGGAAAGGGGAGUACUCACAAGGUGUGGCUAUGCACUUGCGGUUAAGAUUAGAAUAUAUGAUCCAUACAAAUUUAAGGUGAAAAGUAUGGUGAAUAAGUAAUAGAAGAAAAAGUAUUUGCUCAGGUAACUGUAACACAAUGAAACCAGUGACUAGAAAGCAGGUAGAAGUGAAAAGGGAAUAGAGAAAUUAAUAGUCUAAAUAAGGAGAAAAACUUGAUACCUUUUUCUUUUAAAACCAUAUUGGACCAUAUUAUUCCAGACUAAAGUCUACUAUGAUAGAAGGUUUAUGUGAUCACAACUUAAGUCAUUCUGUAUUACGUUAUAUAUUUCCCAAACCUUAUUAAUUUAUUUUCUUUUUAUGGCCAACAUAUGGAAGUUCCUGGGCCAGGGGUUGAAUCAGAGCUGCAGCUGAGGCCUACACCACAGCCAUGGUAACAUUUGUGACCUAUGUCACAGCUUGGGGCAACAGGGAAUGCAGGAUCCUUAACUCACUGAAGAAAGCCAGAGACAAUGUUGGCUACUUAACCCACUGAGCCACAAUGAGAACCCCUAAUUUCUACUCUAAAAUUGUGUUUAACUAGCAAUCCCUAAUAUGUCUUCCUCUACCCUCUUAUUAAAAUACUGCUGAAGAAAUAGAAAAUUUGCAAGCUGUGACCAUCAGACAACCUAUUAUGGAAUGUGUUAAGUUUCUUCAAGGCCCAUGAAAAUGGAUUAAGAAACACUGACAUUAAUUUGAGAAAGCAAAAGCCCAUUAAAAGCACCUUCAUCCUAUUUGUCUAUUCUCCAGAAGAAGUGGAAGCUACACUGGAUCAUUUAUCAGCUGCCUCACAAUCACAUGGUUUUUUGUGUUUUACUUUGUGUGUUUUAUGCACAGACACAUUUUUCACAUCCCCACAAGGACAAGAAGUAGAGUGAAAAAGAACAAAAUAUUUGAACAAUGCGUUUGUUAAGUGAGGACAGCUUUAUUAUAGUGAAUGCUAGAAAUUGUAGUUUUUAUUCUCAGUAGGCUAAAAGAAAGAAAUUUUGGCAUCAGAAUCACCCGUGAAAAAAAAAAUUUUUUUAAGAAACUACAGGCAUGCACCCACCCUAGAGAUUCUGUUUCCAAACAUUUGUGAUACAGUCUGAACAUCUCCUUCAAAAAAAAAAAAAAAAUCCACAUGCAACCCUUGAUAGAGUUAUAGAAAAUCAAGCCACAGGAUAGAAGAGAAUAUUCCUGGUUAUACCAGUCACACAGCAUGAUCGCUUGCUAAAAUCUGGAACUUAGAUUGGAAGUCCUAUAGAUUAACCUUUUCUCAGAUAGUAAACUUGAAAAAAGAUUCAUUAUUCACAAAAGCAGAAAUUUGGAAAAGCCACCCACAUGCUUGGUUACUAUAUGACAAGUCUGAUGGGAUCUUGUUUCAUUAAAAAAUAAAGAGAAAAUUAUGGAAAUUGUUUUUUAAAGCAAGGAAAAUAAAGGAAACAUCUUGAAUAUUUAUUUCUUGAACAAUUAUUUAGUGUCAAAAAUCUAACAGGCAAAACAAAACAUAAUAGUGAACAAAAACAAAGGACACUAACUUGUGGAGCUUAUACUUUAAAAGGGAAGAACAUUAACAAAAUUAAGUUACAAAAUGUUAUAAAAUUAUAUAAAUUAAAAGAAUAAAUUUAUAUUUAUAUGCAAUAUGAACAGUGAGGGAAAGGAGCAUUAAAACAUGCACCUCAGAGAGUUCCCUGGUGGUACAGUGGGCUAAGGACCUGGCAUUGCCACUGCAGCGGCUCAAGUCACUGCUGUGGCAGGAGUUCAAUCUGUGGCCUGGGAACUUCCACAUGCGGGGUGAGCAUGGCAGUAAAAAAAGCCUCAGAUGAUUUAAUCUAUUUCGGAAUCCAAACAUAUGGAAUAAAUAUUAAUCCUUAAUUCAAUGGCAUUUAUUAAGCACAACUACAGAUUCUAAGGAAAAAAUACAACAGAGAUAAGAAUUUGUAAAAGUUUUCAAGGAAACAAAAUAAUGCAAGAGUGAAGUUAAAAUAUAUGCAUUGGCUAAGUUGAAAGAAGACAAUGGCCCCAAACCCAAAUCCAUGAUAAAGAAGAUAUGUUUGAAAAAUCUGUGAAAAUCUGAAAGAAAAAGAUAAAGAAGCAAUUUGCAAAAGAAGGUAGGUGGCUUAGAGGACAAACUAAAGCACCAACCUAAGAAAUCUAUUUUUUUGAGGAGGAAAUCAGAGUUGGAAAAAAAGCACUAAUCAGAGACUUCAUGGGAGAAUGCAUUUCUGUUCUGAAGACUUGUGUCUACCCUGUCUCUUUAUUUAUACCCCAUUCUCAUACUUCCUUCCAUUUUCAUGCCAUUGGGCUUUGAAUGUGAUGUUUCUCUCUCUUAACAUAUGCUCUUUUCUCCCAUGUAACUGCUUCUCAGCAUUCAGAUCUAAGCGCAAUCACCAUUCCUUCAACGUCUCUGGCUUUUUCAUUGGUUAAAAAUCUUCCAACAGGAGCUCCCACUGUGGCCCAGUGGGAUCAGCAGCAUCUCUGGAGCUCUAGCACAUGGAUUCCAUCAUGAGUCUUGGAUCUGAUCCCUGCCCCAAGGAGCUCCAUAUGCCAUGGGGAGCCCCCCACCCUCCAAAAAAAUCUUCCAACAUAUCUAUAGCAAUAUAUCACUUAUCAAAAUGCAAAUUUUAUGUUUUUAUGGUCAUUUGAUAACAGUCUGUCUCUUCUACUAAUCAUAAGCUCUAGGAAAGUUUGGAAGUGAACUUGUUUUACCCACUCAUUUUAUUCCCAUCAUCUAGCUUGGUGUCUGACACAUAGGUGCUUUAUCAAUUAUUUUUGAAAGAAUGAAUGAGUGAAUGAAUAAAUGAACUUUAAAUAUGCCAGUCAUAUGAAAUGUGAAUGUUUUAAAUAAGAAUUUAAAACACCAGGAAAAAAUUAAAAUAGCUAUGUUAAGUCAUUGGAUAGGAAGGGAUGUUUUCAGAUGUUUUGAAGAUUUUCUUUAAUAUCUUUAAAUGAAAAAAUAAAUUUUAAAAUGUCUAAAAAAA